AUGUCAGCAGAAUUGUUGAAGAUAAUAAGUGAUAUAACGCAGUCAACAGACUUUGAUGAGGUCACGAAUAAAUCUUUGUAUGAUUCUGGCGAAUUGAAGGCGACGCUGGGUGCGUUCAUAAGCGAUGAGAUCGCGAGUUCCACCGUUUCCAAUGUGUUCACAGAGGCGUGUGUCUCCUUAAUAGAGUCCGAAAAUUCAGAAGAAGAGAGUGGUUCAAUUAAGUUAUUGCAUUCGCUGUUGAUCCUCAUAGACCUCAGUCUUUGCGUGUUUGCCAAUUAUAAGGCUGAUCUGAAAAAUCUGCCAAUGGAUCUGCUAUACGUGAUCAUCAAUUCCACCAGUGUUGAAUUCAUAACGGAUAGGCUGGGUCCCAUUCUACUGAACCCCUCAACACGAUCCAAGUUAUUAGUUCUCAACCAAGAUCAGGAUGGAAGAUACAAACCAGGUUCGAGUCUCUUACGAAUGGGCAACCUUCUCUUGACUAAAGGAAGGACCCUCAAUCACCUUGAAAAACAUGAGAUUUUUUCUGGAAACCUGCGGAACUUCAUUUUUCAGAACUUCAAGCUCAACGACAAGAUUUUGCUGGGAAAUGCAAGUUUCAGCAAGACGCCAUGGAACGGAAAUCCAGAGUUGAAGGAAUACUAUGCCCAGGCACCUAGAAUGGAGACAUACAGCUCUUUAAACUCAAAAGCGUCUCGCAGAAAGGAUAACCAGCUGAACCAAUACGAAUCACUCUAUUUAGGAACGCUCAAAUUGCAGUCCUAUUUUGCCAACCCCAUUCGUUACUACGACUCGAUAACGAAAGGGUCUCGCCGUCAACAGCACAACCACAAAUCAGACUCUCUCCUGAAUUAUGCCCAAGAUGACGGCAGUGUGCAACUCGCGAACUUGGUUGACGGCCUAUUCAAGUUGGACGAGCAGAAGAAGAACAAAAAGCUGAGUAACCAGAUACAUAGAUGCAACUGGCCAGUUGGACUCAAGGAGUUUUCGGACGUGGUUGAUGAUCCGAAACAGAGACAGGUCCUGAUUUUGCAGACGUAUAUUUUCGUUCAUUUCUUUGACUCGAUAUACAAGCCGGGAAGUAUCCAUGGUGCCAGGUCUGCAAUUCCAAGUUCUAAAAGACAAUUUUUGACUAAGCUGAAGCAGGCCGUCAUCAAGCACUACGAGAGAUUUCCUUCUACUCGUGCUUUUGCGCGUAUAAUCACUGUAUUAUGUGAGGAUCUGGAACAAAAAUGGAGUGAUUGGAAGGAUGGAGGGUUUCAGCCCGUUUCGAACACAGACAUUGAUGUUUCGUCCGAGCGCAUAGAGGGGCUGAUUAGCAGUGUAAUCGAUGAAAAGUUCUUCACCAAGCCCAAGUACGGAUUUAAAUAUGGGGAUGCUACGAUAAGCCAAGUUUGGAAGACUGAGACGGGACUCUCGAAGCUCGAACGCAAACGCAAUGCGGAGGAUGAAGAAAAAAUAGACGACUAUAAGAUGGAGCUCUAUCAGCUGAAGAACGAGGAGGGCGUGGACCGGGCCCAGGUGGAUAACAUCCAGUGGAGAGCGUUGAGACUGGCCAAGGCCAAUGGGAAGUGGACUCAAUUAGGAAAGACCACUCUGGAGGAUGGUAUAGAGGGGUUGUAG